AUGCCAAGAUCAAGGGGAUCUGAUUUGCCUCAGAGGCAGUCACCGAGAGGUACUACUCAUCAGCUUCGAUCAUCGAGUUCUGACUCGGAUCCAUUGCAUCAUCGACCAGUUACUGAUCGAAGUCCAAAGCUAGGAGAGCGGCGUUCUCCGAGAGGUAGUACUCAAUCGGAGACGGUGAAUCAGAAGAAGCUCGGUACUCGCAUUGCGGAUUUGGAAUCGCAGCUUGGUCAGGCACAACAAGAGUUGAAAAACUUGAAGGAUCAGCUGUCUUCUGCAGAAGCUGAAAAGAAAAAAGCUGAAGAUGAACUUGUCAAGAAAAGUGUUUCAAAGAAAGCUCAAGAAUGUGAUAAUAACAAAGGUGAAACUAAACAACAAGAUGUUGUUAAUGUUAUUGUACCUGAUGAAAAUCAAGAAGAGACCGAUGUGUUUGAAGUUCCGAUCGAAAAGUUGGAAAUCGAAUUCAGAAAGCCUGAAGAUCAGUUAGAAAAGGAAACCAUAUCAGAGUCAGAGAAGCCUUUUGUGAAUGAACUGACGAUGAAAAACGAAGAGAUAACGUCGUUGAAAUCGAGUUUGUUAGAGAAAACGAAUGAGUUGGAAUCAAUGAGUAAGGGAAACGAUGAUCUAAAGACUCAACUGAAGGAAGCAGUUUCGAAAGUGAAAGCUUAUGAAACCAAGGAAGAAGGAACUACACUGCAGGUGAAGCAAUUGAGUGAAGAGUUGGAAGCGAGUAAAGGGAAUGCGGAGAAACUGAACAUGAAGUUGAAAUCCGUGGAAGAAGAAAAGGAGUUGUUAGAAUCCGAAAUGAAGAAGCUAAGAGUGCAGACAGAACAAUGGAGAAAAGCAGCAGAUGCUGCAGCUGCAGUGCUUGCAGGAGGUUUUGAUAUGAGUGCUGCUGCAAGGGCUCCGGAAAGGUGUGGCUCGAUGGAUAAGAACUUCGUUGGUGGAACAUUCGAGACGCCUGGUGUUGGAAGGUAUCAUGGAUAUGUAGGUUCUCCUGGUAUGAAUGAUGAUUUGGACGACGGUUUUGGAGGUGGAAAAAAGAAGGGUUCUGGUAUAAGAAUGUUUGGUGACUUAUGGAAGAAGAAAGGCCAAAAGUGA